CCCUAAAAUGGCUGUGUCUCGCAAGCAUUCGUGUCGUUGUUGCCUUAGCAGUUCGAUUAGGGUCUUCGUGAAUCUCCAAUGCAGCGAUGGCUGCCCGAUCUCCUCUGUUGCGCUUGCUGCGCAGUUCUUCUCAUACCGUGAUACCUUCUGCACCUCGCGACUGCAUCGCUUCGCAUGCCUCGGUGAACCAAGCCUACAAUACUGCUUUUUCGGGCUCCUUCUUUCAGCAAUGCCGUUCCUUCGUGCAGAUGCGGACGCGUCUGGAAGUCGCUGACAACUCCGGGGCGAAGCACGUCUCGUGCAUCAAGGUCCUGGGCGGGGGCAAGCACGGGAAGAUCGGCGAUAUCAUCAUCGCCUCUGUGAAGGACGCCGUGCCGCGGGGGAAGGUGAAGAAGGGAGAGGUUGUGAACUGUGUGAUUGUCCGUGCCGCAACGCAGAGACAGCGCAGCGAUGGAAGUGAAAUUAGGUUUGAUAAGAAUGCAGUUGUUGUAGUGAACAAGCAAGGGGAGCCUAUAGGGACUCGUAUCUUUGGGCCCGUUCCUCACGAACUGCGAGUGAAAAAUUUUAUGAAAAUUUUGACGUUGGCUGAUCACGUCACAUAGAGGAAUUAGUCAUGUCUAUUUCAUUUUUUAUGUAGUGAUUUUCCUCUACUUAUAUGUUUCUCGGUGUUGUUUGACUCCCCUAAAUCCUGGUGUCAGCAAUAGGACACGGAAAUGCUGAUUAACCUGUGUAGAGUUUCGCUAAUUACGACUCUCAACAUUUUUUUUGAAGAAUUGUUCGAGCUGAACCAAUUCAGGUGUCUUUAUUUCUGUUUGUGUGAGAAGAAUUAGAUUCUCCAGGUUAGUGAUAACCACAUUGGCAUGUGGAUUUCAGUUGUGUUGUUGUUUUCUGACCUAAUGUGAUAUUUCAUGGAUCAACGUUUUGCCUGCA